UUUCCUAGCCAGCCUUAUCUUAUCUAAGCCUCUCAUAAUUUCUCAAGGUUUCUUCUCCUUCAAUACAAUCCCUCUCUCUUUGUUAGCAGAAUAGUCAAAAUUAGCUCCUUCAUGUUGGGUUUCUUUCACAGUAUUACCUGAAGGAAACCUAAAAUACCACUUUAUCAAACAGAGAUUGCUCUUGCAAAGCUUCUAGUGUUGGGUCUUUUUCAUUUUUCCUUGUAGUUUUGUGCUACUUACCUAUCUGGUUCUCCCUAGCCUCUAGAAACCAGAUUCUCAUUUCCCUUUUAGGUGUGUUCUUUUUGUUGCAUUGAACUAUUUUGAGAGCUUGCGUUCUCCAUGGCUAUGGUUACCUCUAAUAUCCGAGACGCCUCCUUUUCUUCAUACUUGAGUACUAAUGAGGAAACCUUUCUAUGUAAACUCGUUGAUCAGAAGUCAAGCCGAAACCUCAUCACAACCACCAGUCCUUCCAAGGGAGAUCAGCAUAAGCACUUGGGAACUAACAAGAAGGAAGAAGAGGAAGAAAUUGGAGUAUUUGGAGCUGAAAAAUACUUCAAUGGAGUAAUGGACGAGGACAGCUCAAAAAGUUCAAGCAGCACCUGUAGUUCAAGGAAGUUCCAUGUUCAUCAGCAGCGAGUCAAUCUAGAUCACAUGAAGCUAAAGGUACAACAGCCCGGGACUCCAAGUGUUCAUUCCGAAUCAAGUUGGAACAGCCAGAGUGCACUGCUUACAAGUGGUUCGAGAAAUCCCAAGAGGACUCACAAGACAAGCAGCAACAAGGCACAGAGGAAAAGCUUCUUUGCAACUCUUGGUUGCUCAUGUACUGAUAAGCAUUCUGUUGAUGUUAAUGAAGACCAUGUUGGUGAAAUCAGCUUCAAGCAGAAUGGUGCUGCUGCCAACUCUGGAAUCACAACACCCCACAUUAAACAAAGUCUAGACCUUGUUGGUGAAGCUCUAGUCAAGAUUAAACAAACCCCGGAUUCAUUGGUGAAGGAGGAGAUAUUGACGAACAACGAAAAGAUGGAUAAGUUGGGAACUGGAUUGAGCAGAGAAAACUGCUUUACUUUCCCAGCUUCAAAAUCCGGGGCCGUGAGUAACUUGCCUAUCAAGAUUCCUACCUUUCAAGAAAUAGAAGAUGAGAAACUGAGGAAGUCUAUAGAGGUGUUUGGUUCUCCAGUGCUAGAAAAAAGGAAAAAGGCUUUGGGCCUUGAGAAAAGGCUAACAAUGCUGUCUUGGGAUGCCGAGUUUCCUGCAGCAAAAUCUGGUGGAACCUACACUCAUGAGUCAGACAGUGAUGCAAGUUCAGACCUGUUUGAGAUUGAGAGCCUCACAGGCAAGAACAACCCUUUUCUUGCAGGGCAAGCAUCAGAUGGUUGUGCCACCCCUACAACAUGUUACGCGCCUAGUGAGGCAAGCAUAGAGUGGAGUGUGGUCACUGCCAGUGCUGCAGAUUUCAGCUCUGCCAUGUCAGAUUGUGAAGACCUUGUCAGGCCAAGUCCAACCACCACCACAAGUGCCAAAGCAGCUAGUAUGAAUAAAGAGAUGGUGCCAAUUAGGCACCGUCCAACUGUUCUGUUAGGUUGCAAGAGUCAAAAAGCUGUGAAAGUGGCGGCAAAUGCGCACAGACCAUACAACCAGAAGACCAUUAUUGACCCACAGAUGAUGCCUCGCAAGCCUGAAAUGCCAUUCAUGCCAUCAACAAGGUUUCAAGCUGAGACAACCUCUAAGUUGACAGGUUUUGACUCUAGAGUACAAGGGCAACAUGCACUUGCACCACGGUCGCUCCCUCGUGCACAUUCACCACAUGCUUCUCAUCUUCUGUUCAUGCAGUAGGGAUCUAGACUAGUUCUUAAGCUAGUACUUGAUCAUACUAAUUGUUCUCUACCAUGCAUAUGUUUGAUUAUAGUAGUGGUUAAUUCCAAAGAGUUGCUCCUUUAAUGCUACGUUUUUUUUUUCUUA